AUGCAGGAACAUGAUGGUAUUUCUAUUGUACAAAUUGUACAAAAUUCAACCAUUGAAAAUAGACUUCCUUUUUUCAACCACAUUAUGACUAAUAUUCGAGAAGAUGCUGUUUGGGCUGCAUUUAACAGAGCAUAUUUAUCAAAUUAUAUCAAUUGUAAUAAUCUAGAUGAACGACAUGAACUUAGAAAACAAACUAUUUUUACUAAUGAAUCUCUUACAAAAGAUGAAAAGUUAUUAGCAAUAAAACUUCUAAAUGAAGAUUAUGAUCAUAUUAAAAUUCUAUCGAAUGAAGGAACAAAAAAGAAUCUGUGA